AUGGCUCGGAGGUUGGUGGUCCUUCUAAUCUACUCCGUCGUACUCAACUUUUGUGGCGCGUUUGCUUCAACCGCCGACGAUCACCGUCGUCCGAUGAUCCUCCCUCUCCAUCUCACGUCCCCCGACGACGCUCGCCACCACCGGCGAGCCUUCGACGGUCGGCGACUCCAGAGAUCGGAGCCCAACGCGCACAUGAGGCUCCACGAUGAUCUCCUCGCCAACGGGUACUACACGACGCGGCUGUGGAUUGGGACGCCGUCUCAGAUGUUCGCUCUGAUUGUGGAUACUGGGAGCACUGUCACUUACGUGCCUUGCUUCGACUGCCAAGAGUGCGGUAAACAUCAGGACCCUAGGUUUCAACCUGAUUUGUCUACCACGUACCAACCUGUAAAGUGUAAUAUUAAUUGCAACUGUGACGAUAAAGGAAAUCAAUGCACGUAUGAGAGGCGCUAUGCUGAGCAGAGCUCUAGCAGUGGUGUGCUUGGUGAAGAUGUCAUUUCUUUUGGCAAUGAGAGUGCGCUUGUGCCCCAGCGUGCUGUUUUUGGUUGUGAGAAUAUGGAAACUGGUGAUCUUUACAGCCAACGUGCCGAUGGCAUAAUGGGUUUGGGUCGUGGUCAGCUUAGCGUGAUGGACCAGCUUGUUGAUAAGGGUGUUAUUAGUGAUUCAUUUUCAUUGUGUUAUGGAGGAAUGGGUGUAGGUGGGGGUGCUAUGGUUCUAGGGGGGAUUAAGUCGCCCCCGGAUAUGGUAUAUACCCAUUCUGAUCCUUUUCGCAGUCCAUAUUACAAUAUUGAACUGAAGGAGAUACAUGUGGCUGGAAAGGCUUUGAAGUUGAAUCCAAAGGUGUUUGAUCAAAAGCAUGGAGCUGUCCUGGAUAGUGGAACUACAUAUGCAUACUUUCCAAAGGAUGCAUUUGUUGCAUUUAAGGAUGCUAUUAUGAAGGAAAUUCAUUUCCUCAAACAAGUCCAUGGUCCUGACCCAAAUUAUAAUGAUAUUUGUUUCUCAGGUGCUGGAAGGGAUGUCACCCAACUAUCAAAAGUUUUUCCACAGGUUGAUAUGGUAUUCAGCAAGGGAAAGAAGUUUUCACUGUCUCCUGAGAACUACUUGUUUCCGCAUACAAAGGUUAGCGGGGCUUAUUGCCUGGGAAUUUUUGAAAAUGGGGAUUCAACCACCCUUUUAGGAGGAAUUCUUGUACGUAAUACUCUUGUGACUUACGAUCGGGAGGACAAUAAGGUUGGUUUUUGGAAAACAAAUUGUUCUGAACUAUGGAAGAGCUUAAGUCAUGAGAAUGCUCAGGCCCCAGCCCCAGCUUCUAAUGACUGGAAUUCGAGUGGAGGGAUUUCUCCUGACAUUGCCCCAGGGGGAUUACCUCCAACUGAUCUACCUCCAAUUGAUCUUCCAGGUGAAGGCCAAAUAGGGCAGAUAAGUUUCGACAUGAUGCUCAACAGCAGCUCCUCUAUGAAACCUAACUUCACAGAACUCUCAGAGUCUAUUGCCCGUGGGCUAGAAGUCAAGAUUUCUCAGGUUCACUUGAAGAACUACACCAUUUCAGGACCUGAUUUACUCAUUAGGUGGACCAUCGUUCCUGAUGAAUCUGCCAAUAGCUUUACUACUGAAAAAGCAAUGGACAUAAUACUGCGUUUAACGAGACAUGAGAUGCAGCUACCCCAUAAUUUUGGGAGCUAUGAGCUGGUCAAAUUGAAAUUUCAAAGAAAGCAGUCAUGGUGGGAGCAAAAUUCUUGGAUGGUAGCAGUUGGAGUUUCAGUUGCAUCGGUUCUUGGACUAUUAGCAUUAGGGACAUGGUUGGUUUGGAGAUACAGAUCACAACGGGGCGUUUCUUAUGAGCCUGUUGAUGGCGUUGCUGGUGCUAUUGUUGCCGAGCAAGAACUUCAACCCCUAAAAUGAAAUUCUUUAUUUUGGAUAGCAGUUUGAAUUUCUCUGCGGAGACACUGCUUUAGAGCGUUAGACUUAGCUUUGAAACUGUACAUAUGGGUGCAGUGAAGCUGAGGAGAUGAUAUGCGCAAUCCCUCCGUGAUUCAUUAACUGUACAUUCAGUGUACAGUAUAGGAAAGUGGAAAGGCGAGUAGGUAACAUUAUACAGAUAAUUCCUUGAUUCUGUCACUUCGUGGUAUAAGUUCUGAAGAACAAGUGACAACAAGUGAGGAUGGUGAACUUGUUUAUAGGUGUCUCGAGGCUUUAGUGACACUUCUAGUGAACCAAAAGAAGAGAUCACAGAUUAUACUUUACUUCUCUUUUUCUUGUUUCUCCCCUAGUUUUUUGUCAUCCGUUGUGUAAUCAAAGCUUGGAACUUCCAACAUAGUACUUCAAUUUUUGCUAGCUAUAUGUGCUUAAUAGAUUGAACUUCAAGU